UGUAUAAUCGUACACCCGAGGAAAAUAGUAAGAGAGGAAUCACGGAAACUCCCUUUACCGGAUGCAAGUGUCAUUCUCUUAUCUUCCAGACAGCACUAUCCACGAUCUCAAAAGCCACGAACUCCCAAGCAUUCAUCAUGUUGAAAAAAAAAGAAAGACAGGGUUAGGGAGGGAGAAACAGGGAGAACAAGAAAAAGAAAGAGAUAACGAGAAGCUACAAUUUCAGGGAAGAUAGGAGUUUGAGAAGUUUUAUCUCGUCGUGGAUUUUAAGAAAGUAAUUUAUUUAAUAGAAAAAAAUGAAUUCGACUUCUUAUUCUGCGCUACAACCAUAUCCGCCGACUAUUGCUACUGCACCAUCACCUGGUGCAUUUUCAAUACCUCAAACUGGAAUACCACAACCUGGGAUGGCACCUGGGAUACCACAACCCGGGAUGGCACCUGGGAUACCACAACCCGGGAUGGCACCUGGGAUACCACAACCUGCACCACCACCAUAUGGGAUAUCAAUGCCAGGACCUGAAGCACCACAACCCGAGUUACCAAUGAUACCACAAGGUGGCUGGUCACCGCAGAAUACGACUUGUCCACCCGGUUUGGAAUACCUUAUAGUCCUUGAUCGUCUGUACAUACGGCAACGACUUGAAUUAAUGGAAGUUGUCGUUGGAUGGGAGACUGAGAAUAAAUACCUUGUAACGAAUGUUAGUGGCCAGCCACUGUUUUAUAUCAUGGAAGAGUCAAAUAUAUGCGCGCGUCUAUGCCUGGGUACUCUACGUAGUUGUGAAUUACACGUGGGCGACACCAAUCACAGGGAAGUCCUACGUAUGGUUCGACCCUGCAGGUGUUCAGGUUGCUGUUGCUUUUGUUGCAUGCAGAUGCUAGAGGUGUAUUCUGGAGACAUGCUUCUCGGUUCUGUAACAGAAAAUUGCCAUAUUUUUAGGCCUUCGUUUUCUAUUCGCGAUGCAUCUGGGAAAACAGUUUUAAGGAUUAAGGGACCAUGCUUUAGAUGUUGCGGAAACGUGACAUAUAAGAUAAAGUCUGCCGAUGGAGUACAUAGAGUUGGAGAAAUUAAAAAGAAAUGGAGUGGUUUUACUACAGAAGUUUUUACAGACGCUGAUAAUUUCAGCCUACGUUUUCCUGUGGAUUUAGAUGUUAAAAUUAAAGCUGUUUUACUCGGUGCCUGUAUUCUCAUCGAUUUCAUGUAUUUCGAACGAAACGCCAAAAGGAGCUCUAUAUAGAAUUCGUAAAAUGCUUAAAGGAAUCCUAUUUACUGAUCUGAAAUGAAUAGUUUAUUGUUGUGCUCUAUUAUAAUAUAAGGUAAAUGGUUUGCAGUGAAGAAUCACUGAUGUUGAGAGCUUUCAACUUUACCUAAGUUUCAACUUUACCAACUUUCUCAGCUUAAAAUUCGCCAUAUUUUUUAUAUCAAAUUAUUAGUGAAUACGUUUGUUAACAAAUUUGAUGUACAAGUGCUAUUAAGCUAUUAGCACCAUUGAUAUUUUUGUAUUCAAUUUUGGAAUGAAUUUAUCAUAUAUUUGUACGUGUGUAUAUAUAUUGCUCAUCUUCCUAUAAAGAUAUGUUCAAUGUUUUCGAACAAAUACGUUUUACGACUUUUGUCACAGGAUUUCCGCGAUAUUUCUAGUGUUAUGAACACGAAUUAUUAGGUUAUAAGUUUUUAAUUUGCUUUAAUGCAAAUAUAUAUAUAUAUAUACAUAUAUAUAUAUAUACAGUAUAUAUAUUAUACAGGGUAUUUUUGAAAUUAUAUAACCAGAAAGGAGGUGAUUCCUCAUGUAAAAGUAAGUUGAAAAUAUAGAAUGAAAUUUGUUCAUAUUUGCCUAUUUCACCCAAUCUGGUUAGUUCCCGUUACUUUUAUUCAUUUUUAUCAAUAUCAAUCGGGAUUUACUACAAUUGUAACUAAUAUAGUUACUUCUAAUGACUUAUUUAUUUUAAUGGUUUAUAAAUUAUUGAAAAUGUCUUUGUAUCAUAGAUAGGUGCUGUGUACUUCCUUGGCGAAUUAAAGAAGCAUGAAUUGAUGAUAAUGUGUUAAUUCCUAUAUCUCAUAUUUCAUAUUUUUAAUUGAAUAAACCCGUAUUAAUGAAUAUUCAAACUCGAUUUUCUCGAAGACGGAGCUCUAUACGAAAAUAUUUUAUUUAUUCAUUAUCAUAUUUUCGAUUUACUUCUACAUAAGGUAUCACCUGCUUUCUAUUUAUACUACUAUUUCGGAAACACUGUAUAUACAUAAGUUUUUAUAAUUGCGGGUUAUAUAUACUCUUUUUAUAUUUUUGUGCAUUUGUUUAAGGGCAUUAAAUAUUUGAACUGCCUGAAUAUUUGUGAGAAAAUUUUAAUUACUCAUCAUAAAUAAUGUUAACUUUUUCUAUAAAAGACUUAAUUCUGUUGUAUGAUUAAAAGAUCUCCUAUUUGUCAUGUAAAGAUAUUAAAAGGAAUCAAGUUAAAUAAAGAAGGAGAAUUAUUGUGUAUGUUCUUUAUUCUUGUUUUAAAUUCACAUCUUCAUACAUCUGAUAGUGGAGCUGUUACCGCCUCAGCUGCAACACAUAGUAUGCUAUAUUCGUCGCAGAUGUUCUUGGUUUUAGUAAAAAAUGAGAAUGGAAAAACAAUAUGUGUGUAACAUCCUUUCCUACACACGUUAGAAAACGGCCACCGAGAUGCUGCAGUAUUGCACUCGUUGCGUUUUUUUAACACAUCAAGGACCGGACUCACGCGCUAAAUUUAGGUUUCAAAAUGGAGACUCGACACUUCUUUGUCACAUCUUCCAGUUUUUUAACGCUCGAGAAUCUUCUCUUAUUAUUUUCCGCAAUUUUUAUAAAAAAAGAAGAUAAUAAAAUUUAUACACACACUAAACUGUCGCAAUGAUUGAGCGUAAAUUCUUGCACUUUUGGAGAAAGAUGAGAUAAUAUUACUUUUAAAACAUAAAAGGUUGUUAAAGCCAAUAUCUUCAGAAGAGCUUUGACAGAUCUCAAAGCGGCGGCAGUUCAGAUGUAGAAUUAUAUAAUUAAAUCCAGAUAUUGUAAUACUCUCGACAAAACG